GCAGGAUGAAGACCUCUGGACUGCCCUGCAUGUGGCCUGUGCCUGCGAUCACGCAGAUAUGGUGCUGCUGCUGCUACUGGCUGGAGUCAACGUGCUCCUGCAGGAUGUGAACGGGAACAUUCCACUCGACUACGCCACAGAGGGCACGGAAACCAGCUACAUCCUCAUCAGACACCUGGAGGAGAAUAGAGUGGACAUGAGCUCUAUGCACCAGAUGAAGACCCAGCGCUCAUCCACCAUGUUGUCUGACGUGAGGCAGCUGGUCAGCAGCGGGGGCAGUGUCAAUCAACAAAAUGAUGACGGGGUCACGCUGCUACACAUCGCCAGUGCCAAUGGUUAUAAGGAGGUGGUGUCCGUGCUGCUGGAGAGUGGGGCAGAAGUCCAGGUGUCUGACAACAGUUUCUGGACACCAUUACAUCUGGCUGCCAAAUAUGGGCAGGUACAUAUCAGUGUUAAUUUUGACAGGCGUCACCAGUUUUUUGUGUAG